UACCUCUUUUCUCCUCCUGGCCCCCAGCAGUGUCCUACUUCUGUCUGUCUGGGUUCUAGUCGGAGCUCCGAAUCCCUCGGUUCGAGACCCAGCCUUCGGAUUGUUGCUGCGCACCCUCAGUUUCCCUUCUGAGCAAUAGAGAGGCGUGAACGAGCGCGUUGUCCAGAGUGCACCUGUUACCUGCCCUGUCCUGUCCAGUCGGGAGUUCCGACCGCCCUCGUACCCACCGUCGAGCCGCCAUGGAAGUACAGAAGGAGGCGCAACGCAUCAUGACCCUGUCGGUGUGGAAGAUGUACCAUUCGCGCAUGCAGCGCGGUGGCCUGCGGCUGCACCGGAGUCUGCAGCUGUCGCUGGUCAUGCGCAGCGCCCGGGAGCUCUACCUCUCAGCCAAGGUGGAAGCCCACGAGCCUGAGGUGCCCUUGCCGCCCGCCCGCUCCCCUGACCCUCGCCUGCAUCCGCCGCGAGAAGCGGAAGCCGCAGCCAAGGCAUCUGCCCCCGACGGUGAGCAGUCCUUUCCGGAACCCAUGGACACGCAGGAGACGCCGAGAGCCGAGGAGAGCCCUGCCCUCUGUGCCCAACGCCCGGCCAAAGCCAGCCGCAAGCGGCGAAGCAGCAGCCUGAGCGACGGUGGGGACGCCGCGCUGGUCCCAAACAAGAAAGCACGUCUAGAAAAAGAGGAGGAGGAAGGGGUCUCUUCGGAGGUCCUUGAUCGCCUGCAGACCCCUCCGGCGCAAGCGGAGGGCGCCUUCCCCAACUUGGCGCGUGUCCUCCAGAGGCGCUUCUCC